AAUCCAAUACAAACACCAUUUUAAUUUGACCUUUCAUUUACGGUGACAAUUUGUAUUUGUAACCCAACUUUGAAGACGAAGAGUUUGUUUCUAAGCUGCAUUUAAUGGUUUUCCAAGAGAAGGAAAAGAAGCAAGAAAAGGAAAAGUGUCGGGUCUGAAGUUUGGACUCCACUCCAAUGUCAAGAAAGAGAAGCAGUAACAGCACCAAAUAAAUAUGAUAGCAAACAAGAAGAGCAUCUAUGGAAAUCCAUGCAGCAAGCACAAUGACUGGCUUAAGAAAUCUCAGCACCAGAUGAGACACUGUUACUGAGGAAAGUGGAUCGAUUUAUUCAAAGCAUAAUAGCAAACAGGAAAGAGAACUUACAUGCUGCUUAGCACCAUCAUCAUCUCGCUCUCUUCCUCACACUUUCCGCCGCUCCUUGUGGAGGAGUAAAAGAAGAUCUAUUUGGAGUGUUUCGGUCGUGUCCAUCGCAUUUAUCUCCGUUUUUGAUACAAUUCCAGCAUCGAAUAGAAGACGGCAAGAGAGGCGGGAGGACGAGAACGAAGAAGAAGGAGGAGAAGAAGUGCAACAGAAGCUACAAAAAAGUUGCAUUCAAAGCUUUCAGUAAUGGCUGUUCAUUCCCGACGCGCCUGUAACUUUCCGUUCCAGAUGGGGUAAUCAAUCGAUCCUCUUCCAUCGAAGUUCAAGUUCCAAUCUUGAACGAGGCGAGCGGGAUAGGAAAGAGAUGGACUUGCCUCGAGCCGCUGCUGGCUUUCUUGAUCCUUCAGCGUUGUUGCUGACCGGUGGAGUGGCAGGGAAUCCGAGGAAGAGAGGUGCAGAGAGCAUCGCCGACCCAGCGGCAGCGCUGCCGCAGCAAAACGGGUCCGUUGAUCUCUUAUCGCUACGUCCGCAACACAAUCGCACCCCGUUUUCAUCUCCGGUGAUCGUCAGCCUUGCACAGGUACAGAGCCACCCGCCUCCGGUUGUAUCCACCGGCCUCCGUCUUUCUUUGGAAGAACAAUACCAACAGCAAACCCAAACCGUGACCAAUCCCCUUCCCUUCUCUUCCUCUUCCCUCCCCUCUUUUCUUUUGUCCAUUGACCUAAUCUCCCAAAUCGACCGGCACAAGGAAGAAAUCGAGCAAUUCCUUCGCGCCCAGGUACCAUUCGCUUCUAAUCCCUUCUCCGAUCGAUUAAUUUGUCCGAUUACGGCUUCGAAAAAGUGUUGUACUUCUCCUUUUCAGGGCGAGCAACUACAGAUCGCGCUGGUGGAGAGGCAUCGGAUGCACUACCGAUCUUUGUUGUGCGCCGCUAGCGUGGACGCCGCGAAUCGCAUCCGGGAGAAGCAGGCGGAGGUGGAGAGAGCGGCGCAGAGGAGCGCCGAGCUCCAGAACCGCCUCGUCCGCCUCCGAAGCGAGUCGAACGCGUGGCAAGCCAAGGCCAUGGCCGACCAGGUGAUGGCAGCUUCCCUCCACUCUCAACUCCAGCAGGCAGCAGCCGCAGCGGCAGCGCUAUCCCAGGCGCGGAGUGGAGACGCCCCGCCGGCCGAGGAUGCGGGGUCGGCCAUUGUUGACCCAAACCGCAACGACGCGGCGCGCACGUGCCGUGCGUGCCGAGGCCGACCGGCGAUGAUGGUGCUCCUCCCCUGCCGCCACCUCUGCCUGUGCGAAGCCUGUGACGCCGCGGCCGACGCGUGCCCAGUUUGCGAAGGCGACAAAACCGGCAGCAUUCGCGUCUUCCUCGCCUGAGAAGGAAGACCACGAGGCACUGCUGUUAAUAUUUUUUGCAAAAUAAAAAAUCGAUAUAAGACUUGUAAUUAGUUUUAGGAAAAAAGAAAAAAAGUUUUUUUUCUAAAAAGAAAAUCUAUUUUGUUUCCCAA